AUGGCCACGUGGGUGUCGAUUCGUCUGGGCGGAGCUAGAAGACUCUUCAAAAGAGAUGAGCCCUCCACCUCGGCAGCCUUGUUCCUCAUCUCGAGAAGAAGCCUACACUACCACAAGGGACAACCGAUCUACACUUCUGUUACUGGCUUUGCCUCGCCGGGCAACAUCUCCCACCUCGUGCUACUGUCGACUCGACGAGCCCCAGCACUCUUCAGGAGAUACAUACAGUCAGCCACAUCACAGCAACCAAUCGACAUGCGCACCCGUGCCCCCGUGUUCGACAUCUACUGCGGUGGCUCCCUCCUCGCCGCCGUCCAGAACUCGAAGAUGUUCGACGACUGCAAACACUUUGUCGACAUGCCCCUCAAACUUGAUGCAGAGGCAACGCUCGCCAACUGGGACACGCUGCAAGCACAGGGACCGCUCAGCGACGAAGCACUUCGAGCAUUCGUCGCCACCCAUUUCGACGCCCCGGGUUGCGAACUGGAGGAGCACAAACCGCUGGACUUUGACGCUGACAGCACUGCCUAUGCUGGGGUCCACGACGAGCAGUACCGAGACUGGGCCACAAAGCUCCACAAAAAGUGGCCGACGCUUACGCGCCGGGUGAAGGAUCUGGUCCACAGUGACCCGGCGCGGUACUCGCUGAUCGCCCUCCCACAUCCAUUCAUUGUUCCGGGCGGCAGAUUCCGCGAACUCUAUUAUUGGGACUCGUUCUUCACCAUCAAAGGCCUCAUCGCCUCCAAAAUGUUUGCCACGGCCAAGGGGAUGAUCCACAACAUGCAAUUUCUUGUCGAACAGUACGGCUUCGUUCCGAAUGGAAAUCGCAUCUACUACCUCAACCGGUCACAGCCUCCAGUGUUGGCCUGGUGUGUCCACGCAUACUGCCAGGCAACCCGUGACGCUGAAUUCGCCGCCCAGCUACUUCCGACGCUAUGGAAAGAGAUGGCCUUCUUUGAGAACAACCGUGUCUACAAGGAAGAGCAUUGGGUCGGCCACCUAUUCCGCUUCGUAGUCUCGGCUGAUGGCCCUCGCCCCGAGUCCUAUCGUGAAGACGUGGAGUCGGCUCAUCAUCUUACUGAAGAAUCAGACAAGCGUCGCCUUUGGGGAGACAUUGCGGCCGCGGCAGAGAGCGGACGCGACUUCUCGGCCCGCUGGUUCGAAUCGAGCGGCCCACACGCUGGCAAGAUGAGCAGCACACGCACCAGCCAGCUGAUUCCCGUCGAACUGAACGCCAUCAUGUACGCAAACUACCGGAUGAUGGGCGAGCUCUGUGAUAUCCUCUCCGACAUCGACGGGUCAAAGCGCUGCGCUCAUGCAGCCGAUCGAUUGAAACAGACCAUCAAACAGGUUCUAUGGAAUGAGGAAAAUGGAUGUUGGUUUGACUUCGACCUGUCAACCCGCGAACACUCUCGCCUAUUCAACGACACCAACCUGUUCCCAAUGUUUGCCGAAUGCGUCCAUGAUGGUUUUGACGGCGCACGUUUAUGCAGCUACCUGAAAGACACGGGGGUACUCGGCUAUCCGGGUGGCCUGCCCUCGUCGAUGACACCGAGCGGUCAACAGUGGGACUUCCCGAACGCGUGGGCCCCGACAACAUGGAUCGCCAUCCAGGGGCUUCGGGCCUGCCACCAGUACGAGAUGGCCCAAAAUAUUGCUGACAAGUGGAUCCGCAAGAAUUUCAAUAUGUGGCGCAGUUCCGGUGGAAAGAUGUUUGAAAAGUACAAUGUCGUCUCGCCAUGCUACAAAGUCGGCGCUGGAGGCGGUGAAUAUGACGUGCAGGAGGGAUUCGGCUGGACGAACGGUGUUGUGCUCGACCUCCUCAUCACGUACGGUGACACUCUAUUCUGGACACCCGGCGACGAAUGUGAAUGCUGCGGCGGCCACAUCCAAGCCUGCGCCGCGGAGGGUCAGACCGGCCAA